AAAUUUUUACAGAGUCUCACUCCAGCCAAAGUCCCAAAGUUGGCAACCCUGCUAUCUGAAAUCAGUUUCAUGAGGUGGCUUCAUGCACAAACGCUGCCUUACAAGUCAUUGCCUAAUAAGGCAGCGAGGCAGCAAGUCAGCUGCUUAGGUUUUCGGAUGCAGCCAUAGAGUUAGUCAUAAGUGUUACGAAUAAAUCUUAACGCCUUCUUCAGGAGCACACAUCCGGUCGUCAUAUUUUCACUGAUUUCAAAUGAUUAAUGAAAACCAAAGAGGUUAAAGAAAUGUUGAGUUUCGUCCAGUGACUAUUUGGGAGACAGUUUUAUGAACAUCUGAACCUGAUCGGAUUGAUAUGUUGGCAUGUUGAAGCUGUCUUUAUGAAGAGCUGAGCUGGAUGCAGAGAAAAUCCUUGAUGAUGAUGAUGAUGAUGAUGACCAUAUUGCUGCUGAUCUCAUUACUCCUAACUCAGGCUAUUCAGUCCCAGGUCAUAUCAGCCACCCAAGAUGAGGGGACAGAUGAACGUGUUUAUCUGGUGGAGAGAGGCUGAUGAAGGAAUGAUGCCAUCAAAGGCUUUGAAGCUUUUGUGGUGGAGCAGGACCUGCAAGGCAAGGUGAUGGUGGCAUUUGUGGGGAAAAAAAGGUAAAAAGAAACCAGCAGGACAAACUUGACCAAAAUCACCCUUUGUGUUCAGAAAAAAACAAACAAACAAACAAAAAAACCCACAGGGAUUGAACAGCGUGAAGGUGAGUAAAUUUAUAUGUUUGGGUGAACUAACACUUUAUUCUCCCAAAUAGAAACUGCAUGAAAUGUAUGUAUGCAUUUAUAUUAUAGUAGUGCCUUUAAAAAGAAAACUUUAAGAAAUAAACGGCUUUAUUGAGCAUUUGUGCCCGAGACACUAACAAAAAAGGAUUUACAAAAUCACAUUUACAUUUAUGCAAUUGGCAGAUGCUUUUAUCCAAAGAGACUUACAGUGCUCUUAUUACAGGGAUGAUCCCCAUGGAGUAACCUGGAGUAAAGUGUCUUGCUCAAGGACACACUGGUGGAGAAGCUGCGGAGGACGAACCAGCAACCUUCUGCUUACCAGUUCAGUGGUUUAGCCACAGAACAAAAACAAUGGCGCCUGUCUGGGCUCAACCUGAUAAGAUGAAGAAGUUCCACAUGGUUUUCAUCAGCAAAACUGUCAAGUUCCGUUGCCAGGCCAACGGUAACCCUACACCAACACUCAAGUGGCUCAAGAACGGCAAAAAGUUUAAGAGAGACCAGCGAAGAGGAGGAUUCAAGGUUCGAAAACACAGGUGGACCAUCAUAAUGGAGUCGGUGGUGCCAUCAGACAAAGGAAACUACACCUGCCUAGUGGAAAACAAAUACGGCAGUAUCAAUCACACCUACCAGUUGGACAUAAUCGAGUGUUACUGGCACAAGCCGAUCCUUCAGGCCGGGUUGCCUGCUAACCGUACAGUAGUGGUGGGUAGUGACGUGGAGUUUGAGUGUAAAGUCUCCAGAAAUCCUCAGCCACACAUCCAGUGGCUGAAACACUUCGAGGUGAACGGCAGCAGAUUCGGCCCUGACGGACUGCCGUACGUUCGGAUCUUGAAGACGGCAAGCGUCAACACUACACAUAAGGAGAUGGAGGUACUACAGAUCAGAAAUGUGUCUUUAGAGGAUGCUGGAGAGUACACCUGCUUGGCUGUGACUGUCGGCCACUCCUAUCAGUCUGCAUGGUUGACUGUCUAUAAAGAAGUGCCGGCAUCAUGUCCAGCCCGGGCGGUCCUAUACCUGUCUUCUGUACUGCCACCUGCCCUGGACUGUGUGUUUUUCCCCCUAAUGGUAGUUUUUGUUUGUUUGUUUGUAUAUUGAGUCAAUUAAAGCCCACCAUUUUCUCUG